AUUGGAAUUGUUUGCAAUGAAGGAUCAUAUGAGCAAGUACGGUUGAGUGCGAUGUUGUUUACUAAAUUUUACUGAUUGGUUCCACUAAUUUAUUUUUCCAAUUUUUACUGUGACUUCGUAAAUUUCUAUAAGAACAAUUGACAUGGCUGCGAUAAAAGUGGUCCCGUCAACUUCACCUUCAGUUGAAUUAAGUUCGUACCGCGACCAACAUUUUAAGGGAUCUAGAGCCGAACAAGACAGGCUCCUAAGAAAUUCCACCACUUUAUAUGUUGGCAAUCUUUCUUUUUACACAACGGAAGAACAAAUAUACGAGUUGUUUUCAAAGUGUGGCGACAUUAGGAGAAUUAUAAUGGGCUUGGACAAAUAUAAAAAGACUCCAUGUGGUUUCUGUUUUGUGGAAUAUUACCAAAGGGGUGAUUCUGAAAAUUGCAUGCGAUAUAUCAAUGGAACACGAUUGGAUGACAGAAUAAUUAGAACUGAUUGGGAUGCUGGCUUUAUCGAAGGUAGACAGUAUGGAAGAGGGAAAACUGGGGGACAAGUGCGAGACGAAUACAGAUCAGACUUUGAUAGUGGAAGAGGUGGCUAUGGUAAAAUAAUCCAACAGAAAGUAACACCUAUUUCUGAUGGUGCAUUCGGACGUUGAAAUUAUGAAACUGUGACUGACUUCCUAUGUCCAAUUUUAAACGCAAGCUCGUCUAACCGAAGCACACAAACUUGACUGGUCUCAGAAAAUUGCACUCUGGUACCUAAGUGUAAACUCGGUUUACUUUGCUUGAGAAUAUUGCGUUCAAAGGUCAACCGUACGUUCCUCAAUUAUAGUACAGUACUUACACUGUGGGCACAUAUUCUGAGGGAAAUUCAUUCGUUGUGUAUGUGAUGAGCAUACAUGUUUUGCCAACGGAGCCAUCACCAAUUGUUGUAACUUUGAUUGGUCUUUGCAUCGAUGAUACUUUACUGUUCUCUGAAAAAUAAACAGCAAUUUCAUUCGUUUUACGUACAGUGUUUAGUUCUCAAAAUCAUUAACUGUUAUGUGAUCAUUAAGAUAUUUGUAUUAUUACUAUUCAAUAAAUUGUUCUAUUUAUUGAGAA